GCACAGAGGGGAGGCUGGCAUUCCCUGGAGCUCUCACUGCCUAGCCUAUAAAGCCAGCACAGGCAGCAGCUCCAAGGGGACAAACAGAGCUUGAGCUUUGUCUCUCACGUGAACACCGUUCCUGGUGGCCCCAUAGCUGCUGCUGUUGCUAAAGGAAGAAGAAGGAGGAGCUUGGCUUUUCUGGCCUUGGUGACAGAGUGGGGAAAGAUGCAGCUCUCUCUGGGAAGCAUUUUCCUUUCCCUUUGGGAAAGAGCCCCCCGGGAGACCCUCCUUCUCCUCUCUGCCGUCCUCCUCAUCCUGGCACAGUAUCUGCAGAGGAGGCGGCAUCUCAACUAUCCCCCUGGCCCUCCUGGGCUGCCUGUAUUGGGUAACUUCUUACAGGUGGACUUUAAAAACCCCCAAAUUUCCAUGCAAAAGCUUGUCAAGAAAUACGGAAAUGUUUUCUGUAUCCGUUGGGGCAACCUUACCUUUAUGAUGAUAACUGGAUUGCCACUGAUCAAGGAGGUCCUGGUCAACCAAGACCAGGUGUUUAUCGAUCGUCCCCAAUUUCCUAUCCACUUAUACAUCAUUAAAACACUUGGCUUAAUAAUGUCUAAUGGCCAAGAGUGGAGACAGCAAAGAAGAUUUGCCCUAAUGACACUAAGGAACUUUGGUUUGGGAAAGAAGACCCUGGAAGACCGGAUCCGGGAGGAGGCCAGGUAUCUCACUGAGGCUAUAAGGGAAGAAAAAGGACAGCCCUUUAACCCCCACUUUCUGUUCAACAAUGCUGUUUCUAACAUCAUCUGCUCCAUUACUUUUGGACAUCGCUUUGACUACCAUGAUUCUCAGUUUCGGCAACUGUUGAAGAGUUUGGAUGAUGUCAUGGUCCUUGAAGCCAGAUGGGAGUGCCAGCUCUUCAACAUGUUUCCUUCAAUAAUGAAAUUCCUGCCAGGACCUCACCAGAAAUUCUUUAGAGAAUGGAGGAAGCUAGAGUCUUUUGUAAAAGGUGUGAUCAAACAACAUAAGGAAGACCUAAACCCAGAGGAGACCCGGGACUUUAUUGAUGCUUACCUGAAGGAGCUGUCCAAGGAUAACAUCCAUUCUAGUUUUACUGAAGAAAACUUGGUUGUCUGCACCCUUGACCUCUUUUUAGCUGGAACAGAGACAACAUCAACCACCCUGAGGUGGGCACUGCUGUAUAUGGCCAUUUAUCCAGAGAUCCAAGGCAAAAUACAAGCUGAAAUUGACAGGGUGGUUGACCAAUCGAGGCAGCCCACCAUGGCAGAUAAGGAGAAUAUGCCCUAUACUAAUGCAGCCAUUCAUGAAGUUCAGAGAAUGGGUAAUAUUAUUCCUUUCAAUGUGCCCAGAGUGGCCACAGUUGAUACCACAGUGGCUGGAUACCACGUGCCAAAGGGGACCAUACUGAUGACCAACUUGACUGCCUUGCACAGGGACCCCAAUGAGUGGGCUACCCCAGAAACCUUCAACCCAGAACAUUUUCUGGAGAACGGAAAAUUUAAGAAGAAAGAAGCCUUUAUGCCUUUCUCAACAGGAAAAAGGGUCUGCCUGGGAGAACAGCUGGCUCGGGCUGAGCUCUUCCUCUUCUUCACCUCCCUGCUCCAGAAAUUCACAUUCCAGGCUCCCCCAAACACCCAGCUGAGCCUGGACAUCCGAUAUGGCUUAAACCUCUCUCCUGUCUCCUACCAAAUCUGCGCCCUUCCUCGAGUGAUGUAGGCCAAACUAGGCCGGUAGGGUGGUCCUCCAGUAGUAGUAAUAGUAGUAGUAGCGGUAGUAGUAGUAGUAGUAUAUGACACAGGGAAGGACGUGAAACUAUCCACAUCCUCCAAUGUCACCCAAUGUGUCCUUUGCAGCUUGCAUGUGGAAAGGGAGAGAAGUCAAGGAGGGGAAAAGAGAGACAAAGGGAGGGUAUCUGUGGCCCAAUUUAAAGCUUUCUGCUGUGAAAGAGGAGAGGCAUUAAAUGCCAUCAAAAGUAAAGCACAAGGAAUCUUUAUUAGAUCAAGGACCUGGAGUCCAAGGAACUGGGUUCAAAUCCCAGCCCUGCCAUUUACUGGCUGGGUGACCUUGGGGAAGUCACUUGAACUUCUGCCUCAGUUUCUACAUCCAAAAUGAGGAGGAGGUUCUCUAAGGUCCUCUCUACCUCUAAAUCUAAAGCCUUAUGAUGCUAUAAAGAGAGAACCAAUGCUUUUCCUCCCCUGCCUCAAGCAGUGGGGCCAGUUAUUUUUAGCUAAUUAUUUGUUUCUCUACUGAUUUUAUAACUCAUACAACGGAUGUGAUUUUAAGGAGGGUUUGGAGAGUUUUUACAUGGUUACACGAGGCAUCCACAGGUUGAUGAGGCCAAUCCUUAGGGAUCCUUUUGAUCAUAAAUUCCUUGUGGGAAGAGGUUGUUUUCUUUGUUUUUGGAUCUACAGCAUCUGGCCCAGUGCCUGACAUGGAGAAAAAAACCAAUAAAUAUUGCUGAUUAUUUCACCUCUAAACCACUCACUUUCAUAUUAAUUAUUUCCUUUGAUCUUCACAGUGUAAAAUAUUAAUCCAUCAGCUCUUGAGUUAGGGUCCUCAUUCCUAUUAACAGCUUUUUAAAGAUGGUAAAUCAUAAUUGCUUCGCUAUUAAUCAUAGUCACCAAUAUAGUCAACUAAUAUAAUGACACAUAAGUAUAUAAUUAAUUAAUUAUAGGCGCUAGGAAUGCCUACACCUUGAGCAGUGCUAAUCUGUUAAAGUUCCCUCUUCUUGUAAAGGUUCCCUGUUCUUUUCAGAGAUGCUUACACAAGGUAGAUUUCCAUGCUGAUAAAGGAAACUUUUAUAAAACCCCAGCCAAUCAGAAAGCUGUAAAUGCCCAUGUGACUUAUUGUGACCAGGGUUCUUCAUUUAUCAUUUAUGUGCCUCUUUCUAAUGUUCCUCCAUUACACCUAGAAAAAUGCUAUGAGUUCACAAUGAGGUCCUUGUACCAAACGAGGUGGUCUCAGACCCAUUUUAUUAACAAAUUGCUAGCCACUGCUAAUAAACCAAUUGUGCCUGGAA